AUGGAUGAAGAAUUGGAAGACAGAAAGUGUAUCAGCACGAAGCUGUUAUGCAGAGUUCUGAUAGUUCUUCUGGUGGCCAUGGUGGUCUUAAUAGUGUUCCUGAUCUUCUUUGCAGUUAUUGCCAACAGCAGCGCCUGCAAGGAUGGCCUAGCAGCCCAGCAAAAAUGUCAAAACACUACCCAGCUCCUGCAACACCAGCUGACCCAGGCCCAAGAGAGCUUCCGGGGGGCCGAGGCCCAGGCAGUUUCCUGCAAACGGACUGUGAUCACCACCCUGGAGGACCCCUCCCCUGUCAACUAA